UAGAUUCAUUAUUAAAUCUUUCCUAACAACUCGAGUUAAUGAUACUAAACGGUCUAGACGAAGAACAUGAUUCAAAAGCAAAUGUCUAACUAAAUCAUAAAUAAUUGUUUGAUACAUAUAUGGUGAUAUUCUUGAUAGUUUUGACAUAUAAUUUAAUUUACCAAGUUUUUGCAAAUACAAAAUUAUAUCAUGAACGGUUUAGAAAGCUAAUAAAAUUAUUUUAUCGUAUGUAUUUUUUCUAAAUGGACCCAUCCUCGACAAAAUCCUGACUACGCCCCUGAUCGUAAUUGUGUUAUUUUCUCUUUAAUAUUGAUCCAUUCUCUUUAAUGCUAUAAUUUCUAGCUAUCUGGAAGAUUGAGCAAACUAAUAUUUCUAGCUUUACAGUUAUCUUCCCGCCAAAAUUCUGCCACCGGCCGCUAUAGUUCCAUUCACCCAUCUUCCUUUUUCCUCACUCAGCUCUAUUUAUUAUCUCCCACCCCGCUUCAUCUUACUAGCCACUCUCUUUGUUUCCCCUGCCGCCGAGGUCUCUCUCAAUCCUUCGAAACCUUGCAAAGCAAUGGCCCCGAAGGAUAAACUGACGGAGUACGAGCGCAAGCGGCUCGAGACCAUCCGGCGGAACGAUGAAAUGGUGGCUGCCCUGAAAAUCCCGUCCAAAGCUUCUCAGCUCACCGGUACUGCCAAGCGCCAGAGAGUCAGCGUCGAGGAAUCGAAGUCGUACAAACCGACUACAGAGAAGAAAUCCGAACCUGCGUUCGUCAACCGGCGCUCGCUUCGGACACGAGGGAUGCCGCCGGAGGGCGUGGGAGGCGUCCCCGUUCUUGAGAAGGUCUCCCCUCGCGUAGAAGGUCCCUUGAGCAUGGCCGCCGCCCACGACGGUGCUGGGUGUAAUGGAACGCUGGUUGCCACUCUGUUGUCGAUCAAUAAAAAUCCCCAAAUUGUUUCGCCGCCCGUGAAGGCAGAAUCCGCCGGAGGAGAGGUGGUUAAGAAGGAGGAAGCAGAAUACGGGGUUUCGUUCGAUUCAGCUAGAGUCAAAACCGAGGGCUGUAACGUGGGAAUGAAGGAAGAGAAGAAGGACGUGGAGAGCCUGCUCGAUUUGGGAUCGAUGAAACUGGAGACGGAUAACAUUGCGAAGGUAGUCACAGGGAAUGUAAUGAAUGUGAAGUUCCUGCCUUGCAGCGAUUUGAGGAUGGUUGUAGUGGGAAGCAAGUCGGGACAGGUUGGAUUCUGGAAUAUGGAUUCUACGAGAGAUGAUGAUGAUCAUCAGAAUGGAGUAGUACACUUGUACAGACCGCAUACUGGGCCAAUCGGGGCGAUUCUGUUUCACGAAUCCUGCUUCUCCAAGAUCAUUACAAGCUGUUAUGAUGGCUACAUUAGAAUGAUGGAUGCCGAGAAGGAAGUGUUUGAGCUUGUGCACCACGGGGAUGAUGGUAUAUUUUGUCUCUCGAGGCGACCAAACGAUGACAAGAGCUUGUAUUUUGGUGAAGGACUAGGAGGGUUGACUGUGUUUGAUGAUAAGAUGGGGAAAGUUUCAUCACAGUGGUUUCCUCAUGAGGACAGGAUCAAUACCAUCCAUUUUAAUCCAAGGAACCCUAACAUUAUGGCUACUGCUUCGAAAGACAAGACUGCUCGGAUCUGGGAUUUGAGAUGUGUCGGUUCUGGCCAACCCAGAUGUUUGAAGAUGGUCAGUCACAAUAGGGCUGUGAAUUCAGCUUACUUCUCACCUUCUGGCUGUUCCCUUGCAACUACAAGUCUUGAUGACCACGUGGGAAUUCACAGUGGGAUAGAUUUCGAGGAUAACUGUAUGAUACCCCAUGAUAAUCAGACUGGCAGAUGGAUCUCUAAAUUCAGAGCAAUAUGGGGAUGGGGUGACGCUUACAUUUUCAUUGGUAACAAGAAGAACGGAGUUGAUGUGAUCUCUCCCGUUGAAAACAGAGUCGUUACGACCUUGAAAGGCUCAGAAAUUAUAGCAAUUCCGUGCAGAUUUGAUGCCCAUCCUCACCGGGUUGGAAUGCUCGCUGGUGGCACCGGCGGUGGGCAGGUUUAUGUAUGGACCUCUAGCUAGGAGAAGCUGGCAACUGCCUUUUCAAGUUUGUAGGAAUAACAUGUUUUCUUCGUA